GGGAUGUCCAGGGCAGGACGCAGGGACAGAGAGACGGUGAGCCAAGAACCCACACAAGAUGCACAGAGGCAGAGGGGAGAAAAGGCAGCGAGGAAGCACCGAGUAUCACCUCCGCUGGAGGAGUACUCCGCCCGGGAAUAUGUAGCGAGAGGCACUAGGUACUGACUCUAGGCAGGCAGGUCCAGAUUGGGGGGUGCCUCCCACCUGAACGCCACCUAAGCCUGGUCGACUACUUGCAGGGGGGCAACUCGGACCCCGCAAUCCUGCGCCCUGUCGGUCCACGGCAUUACUGCCGAGGUCCCUUUAUCAAGAGAUGCCGAAGACGAAACGAGGCUAUAGCAGCCAUCUCACCAGGAGUACGGAGUAUCUUUUUUCGAUCACAAAACAUUGAAUCUAUAUCUUACUCGAUUACCUCUCUCUCUUCCUUCCCCCUGGUUGUCCCUGCACCACUCACCAGAGUCAUCCAGCCUUCCAAGCGUCAACCCGUCGUCUGCGCCCCCAGCUUUUCCCCAGACCCUUCUGCUCCAGAUCGCCGUUGCCACCUCCACCGUCUCCUCACACACGACCAGACACAAUGCCUCGCAAGCCAGCUCCCGCCUACGUGCUAGGCGUUGGCAUGACCAAAUUCAUCAAGCCACGCGGCAAAGUCGACUACCAUGAGCUUGGGUUCGAGGCGGGCAUCAAAGCCAUGCUGGAUGCCCAGAUCAACUACGACGAUGUCGACCAGGGCGUCGCAUGCUACUGCUACGGCGAUUCCACCUGCGGUCAGCGCGUCUUCUAUCAAUUCGGCAUGACCCAGAUCCCCAUAUACAAUGUGAACAACAACUGCUCGACGGGCUCGACGGGUCUGAACAUGGCCAGACAAGCCAUCGCCUACGGUGCAGCCGACUGCGUCCUCGUCGUCGGUUUCGAGAAAAUGUCCCCCGGCAGCUUACAAGCAUACUUCAACGACCGCGAGAACCCUACCUCCACCACCAACGCUAUGAUGAAAGCCACUCGUGGAGUUACAAAUGCUCCGGGCGCUGCUCAGCUCUUUGGCAACGCCGGUCGCGAGUAUAUGGAAAAGUACGGUGCGAAGGCAGAAGACUUUGCCGAGAUCGCCCGUGUCAACCACGAGCAUAGCAAGAGGAACCCAUACUCCCAGUUCAAGGAUGAAUACACACUAGAACAGAUCAUGAAGUCUCCCAUGAUCCACCCUCCCUUGACAAAACUCCAAUGCUGCCCAACCUCGGAUGGCGGCGCCGCCGUGGUUGUCGUCUCCCAAGACUUCCUCGACAAGCGACCUCACCUUAAGUCACAAGCCGUCUUGAUCGCCGGCCAGCAACUCGCCACCGACUCUCCAGACCUCUUCAACCGCUCCAGCAUCGACCUUGUCGGGUAUCAAAUGUCCGUUUUCGCCGGCAAACGCGCCCUGGAUGAGGCCGGUAUUACUCCCAACGACGUCCAGAUUGUGGAGGUCCACGAUUGCUUCAGCGCCAAUGAGAUGUGCGUGAUUGAUGCUCUGGGACUGUGUCCCAAGGGCAAGGCCCAUGAGCUUGUCAGGAACGGCGACAUCACCUAUGGCGGCAAAUAUGUCAUCAACCCUUCGGGAGGUCUCAUUUCCAAGGGCCACCCUCUAGGAGCCACCGGUCUCGCCCAAUGCGCCGAGCUGACAUGGCACCUCCGAGGCUGGGCCAACAACCGCCUGGUCAAGGACACCAAAUACUGCCUGCAACACAACCUGGGCCUGGGCGGCGCCGUCGUGGUGACCGUCUACAAGCGCGCCGACGGCAAGGCCGCCACGCCCGUCUCGGACGAGCAAGUCGGCAGGAUCAACGGUCUGGGAUACAACCCGGCCACCGAGGCCAAGGGCUUCACGACCGAGCAGGUCCGCCGGACGGUCAGCCAGAAGCAGUUCUCCGACUGGGCCGUCCAGGACGUGCAGAGCAAAGUCCAGUCCCGGUUUUAGAGCUCCUCUGUACACACAAAAAGGGCAUCGACUGCCCGCCCGCCACGCCUGCCCUUUAAUCUGAGUUUAUAUAGGCCUGCCCUGUGUAUAGAACGUUAAAGCAAUGCAUUCAUGCCCCCCAUUACAAGAGCUCCGUACUCCGUAAUAUUUGAUCCAUCCUGGCCCGAACUAGGUUGACGAUA